AUGUCGGCCUCUGACGGAGACAUUGAAAAGAAGGGCGCUACUACUGUUGCGCCCGCUUCCGACAGUACUACGCCUGCCUACGUCGAUGCCACUGCUGAUGAGCAUGGUGUUGGACAGGUGAGCUCACUGAAGCGUAGCCUUCAGGGGCGUCAUAUGCAGAUGAUUGCCAUUGGUGGUUCCAUCGGUGCCGGUCUGUUCGUUUCUACAGGUUCUGCUCUGCAGACGGGAGGUCCUGGAUCUCUAACCCUUGGUUACUUGAUCGUUGGUGCCUUCCUUCUCCUGACCGUCCAGGCUCUUGGAGAAUUGGCUGUCCUCUACCCCGUCAACGGUGCUUUCUUCUCUUACUGUGUUCGCUUCAUCAGCCCCGCCUGGGGUUUCGCCGUCGGCUGGGACUAUGCUAUCAAUUGGCUCGUCAUUUUACCAUUCGAAAUCACCGCUGCGAGUAUCACUAUACAAUAUUGGCGAGAUGAUUUGAAUAUGGGUAUAUGGGUGGCGGUAUUCCUCGUUGUCCUAUCAGCCAUUCAAUUCUUCGGUGUCCGCGGUUAUGGUGAAGUCGAGUUCGCCCUCGGUAUCAUCAAAGUCGUCGCUGUCAUCGGUUUCAUCAUCCUUGGAGUCGUGAUCGACUGCGGUGGUGCCCCCAAGGGCGGAUACAUCGGAGCUCACUACUGGCACGAUCCGGGUGCGUUCACCACCUUCAAGGGCUUCUGUUCCGUCUUCACGACCGCAGCAUUCGCCUUCAGUGGAACUGAGCUUGCCGGUCUGGCUGCCGCCGAAGCCGCCAACCCCGCCAAGUCCCUUCCCAAGGCCACCAAGCAGGUCUUCUGGCGUAUCAUGAUCUUUUACCUCCUCUCCACCUUCAUCGUCGGCCUGAUUGUCCCCAGCAAUGCUGAUUACUUGCUCGGUGCCUCCGGUUCCAACACUAAGGCCUCUCCCUUCGUCGUCUCCAUUCAGAAUGCCGGUAUCAGUGGUCUGCCCUCGGUCAUGAACGCUGUCAUCACCAUCUCCGUCAUCAGUGUCGCCAACUCCGCUACUUUCGGUUCUACCCGCACUAUUCAGGCUCUUGCCGAGCGCGGCAUGGCUCCCAAGUUCUUCGCCUACAUCGACAAGGCCGGUCGUCCCCUCUGGUGUGUCCUUUUCCAAAUCGCCUUCGGUUUCCUCGCUUUCAUCAACGAGGCCUCCUCCACUGGUGGUGUUAUCUUCGACUGGCUUCUUGCUUUGUCCGGCAUCGGCUCCUUGUUUGUCUGGGGAAGUAUCUGCUACGCCCACAUCCGUUUCCGCGCGGCAUGGAAACACCACGGUCACGAUACCAAGGAACUCGCCUUCGUUGCUCCCUUCGGUGUCAUUGGUAGCUGGGUAGGUGUGUUCCUCGCCUGCCUGUGCCUUGUUGCCGAGUUCUACGUCUCCGUUGCUCCCAAGAGUGCCGAGACCUUCUUCGAGAACUACCUGGCUGCGCCGGUUAUUAUUGGCCUGUUCGUCGGUUGGAUAAUCUACACCUACUUCAACAAGGACCCUACGCUUGACCGAGGUGCUUGGUUGGUCCCCCUGGAGAAGAUUGAUGUUUUGAGCAACAUGCGUGACGGCGCUCUGGAUGUUGACCUGCCACCCAAGGUUGAGUAUGCCACCUGGGGUGAGUGGUUCAAGGCGGCGCCUCUGCGUAUUGUUCGCUCUUUGUUCUAA